GUACACUGUGCGCACUACACAUACAGUGCACGGUGAGAGUUUUGAUAAUUCGUGCGUGCAUGUCAAACAGUAGAGGACUUUGUACGUCUGUAUUAUCGUUGUCGUAAUACCUAGGUACAUCAUUGUAUUAGAGUAAAAUUAUAAAGGUUUAAGAGUAUAAGAAUAAUACAAUAUAGUGUUUUGAACGAGAUAAUAUAAAAUAUAUUAAAACGCAAUAAAACUAAGGAAAAAUAGACGUGAUCAUCUACUGCCAGAAUGCCACUGUCACUCAAGUCUAUAUGGAAAGGAAACUCGAAACAUAAAAAACUUUCAGAAGACAAAUCAUUGGCGAUUGGGCAAAACGCGGAAGACGGAACCGCGAUCGCUGUUGAAGACGACCAAACAACGUUUGAUGUUAAAUAUCUUGGCAACACUCCUGUAGAUUCAACGGCUGGUGCUAUCGCCGAAGCGGUCAAAACUAUUUUGGUUAUGGCUAAGGCCAGUAAAAGAAAACCACAGAAUGUAACAGUUACAUUAAAUGGACAAGGUAUCAAAGUGAUAGAAACCAGUGAUGAAAAGAAGACAGUGCUGGAAACACAGAUAGAAAGGGUGUCUCAUUGUUUUACCGACCCGGCUCACAGCAAUGUGUUCGCCUUCGUCACAGUCAGUGGCCUAACCAUGUCGGAGUGUCACGCUUUCAUGUGCGCCAAACGGAAAAUGGCACAAAACAUGUCCGUAACUAUCGGCCAAUUGAUCAGCUCUGUGCCGGACGUCUGGAAGGAGCUUAACAAACCGAAAACAGAGGCCGACUUGAAAACACCAGAUGUAAUUCCUGCAGACACCGUCCCAGACGAUGUGACACAAGAGGUUAAAGAAGCAAAAUUAAUCGACUUAUCAGGAGAACCUCUGCCCAGACAGCAAUACGAUACAUCCAGAUGGGUAUUAUUCGAAGAUGAUUCAUCUUCUAAGUUGGAUGUGGAGUUAUUACACCAAAGACCUGAAGGAUUUGCAAAUUUCUCGAAUCAUUUCAAACAAGACCAUCAAAUAUGUUGCUAAAAAUGUUUAAUAAUGUGAUUUUAUAAAUAUAUACUAUAUAAUGAUAUAUUAUUACUAAUAAUAAAA